AGUUCAUCUCUGUUUUUUGGGGUGGGGGGCCUGGUCCAGAUCAGCAGCAUCAAGAAGGUCCUGGAGGAGCUGAAGUUGCGGGUGGUGGAGGUGACGGAUGACGGGGCCACCCUGGAUGGCAGUGAUGUACUCUUCACAGGUCGAGAGUUCUUUGUGGGCAUCUCCAAAUGGACCAAUCACAGAGGGGCGGAGAUGGUGGCGGAUGCUUUUAGGGAUUUUGCGGUCUCUACUGUCCCCAUGGUGGGUUCCUCCCAUUUGAAGAGCUUCUGUAGCAUGGCUGGGCCGGACACAGUCGCUAUUGGAAGCAGCGAGGCUGCCAAGAAAGCCAUGAGGACUAUGGAGCAGCUGACUGAUCACCACUACGACACACUGACGGUGCCGGACGACCCCGCCGGGAACUGCAUUUACGUGAGGCUGGGGCCCAAGGGCAGCGCCCUGCUGCAUCGCAGCCCAGAGGAGUUCCCCAACAGCCUGCAGCCUUUCCAGAAACUGCCCGACCUCACCCUGAUCCCCGCAGCCUGCACCGAGGUGGCCAAACUGGGCGGGGCCCUCAGCUCCUGCUCCCUUCUCAUCAACAAGAAACUCGACCGCUAGUGCCUCCGGGCCCCUGGCAAUGUGGGGGAGCCCCCCCUCAGUGCCCCCCUUCUUCCCUGUGCACCCCACAUCCAUGCCUUGCACCCCCAAGCCUCAGGGGGCCUCUCAAUUCGCUGCCCCCCCGUCUGGUCACCCUUUCCCGCACUAUUCCCCACCUGCCUGGAAAGUGGGGGGGCCCCGACUCUUCCAAAAAUUUCCCCUCAAAAUCCAACUGGGAGGGGAUAUUUGGAACCUCCCCCAGCUGAUACGGUGAACCCUGCAAAUAAUGGGGUGCUGCCUUUAGUGGGAGGAGAGCAGGGGGCAGGGUACCCCAAUAGUGGGAGAGGCUAGAAAUCCCAGUGGGUGAGACCCCACAAAUUUUUGAGGGUCCCUUUUUGGGGAGGGGCAUCAGCUAUAGGCAGACCUGGGGAGGGAGGGGUUAGAACCCAACCCCAUGUAGGGUCUCGGGGGGGACCCCAGAUUGUCAUAUCAAGAAUGUAGGUUUGGGGGUACCCAGCUAUAUCUUCCUAGGGUAGUGCAGGGUUUUAGGGGACUCCGAUCUCUCAUGCUACUAUGAGGGGGGCACUUCAUUUUGACUAGGACCCUUCAGCCUCACUGCUGUCCCGCAGCCACUCACCUCUAAUCUAUGGUGCUGGUGUUUUGGGGGUAACCCCUCUCACCCCCCCAAAACACAACUUGCCCCCUAUAGCCACACCCCCAUAGCCUGACCCCCUCCGCCGUUAGCUGUAGCAACUGUGGGUCCAUGGGGCUGACUGAUGGUGGCAGUAGUGGGAUACCGAGCUGACUACUUCUGCUGUGGCACUCCCAGACCUUUCGCUCUGUAAAGGUGACUGCCCCCAAAAGACAGGGGUGCCUUGCGUGUGUGUUAGAGUAGUUAGGGGGGCUUCUAGCAGCCCCCUGUGAUGUGGGGUAGGAGCACUCUCUAGGGCGGAGUCGGGGUGUUCGAUCCAGAGGCUAGGGUGUUUCUUUAGCUACUCACUGCCUCUUGAGAUCCUGGACACAAUAAAGAAUUGAACCUA